AUGGCCGCACCCACACCCAGUGCCACCGCCGCCGCCGUGCAAGGAGCAUCAGGACCAGGAACACAAGGAGUACGAGACGCGGCCCCGCGCGAUGAUUCCUCCACCGUGGUCCCCGGUGCCGCCAGUCCGUCAAAGAAUUUCGACGACGAAUAUAUUCUUUCCGACUCGUUCUAUUCCGGACCCUCGUCUCUCAACCACGCGACCGUAUUACGACAAUCGGUCCACAUCCCGCACUCAAUUUCGAGCACCUCGGUUCGUUUGGAACCACUGGAGACGUCCACCCUGGCCAUCCAGAGAACCUCUGCCAUGAAGAACUCACCGUCCAUGAAGGCCUUGGAGUCCAUUCUCCGGAAGAAGACGUCGUCCAGCUCGAUCGAACGCGAGUCUCAAAUCGACGAGGAGUCGGAAGAGUCCGACGGAUCCUUUGAAACCGCAGCAGCGGCUCCUCCUCCAGCAACAACAGCAGCAGCAGCUACAACAGCAGCUACAACCCUGUCCACCUACGACCAGGACCACAGACGAUCCAUCAACACAAUUGAGGAGGUGGCCACCCCGACGAUCCCUCAAGAGUUCUCUGUCGUCCCGGAGACAAGCGCCACCGAAUUGGCCAAGGCCAAGGCAACCGUAGCCACCGAAUCUUCGAGACCAUUCUCACGGUCUAUGCUCGAUGUUACAGCCAAGACUGAGUCUGUUCUAGAGGGAGAUACCCAGCAAAUCUUGGAAGAUGGCGGUCGGAUUGAGGAACGUCCUGUUGGAUCGACCAGUGGAGGUUCUGUCGAUGUCAUGACUGCUUCGGUGGGGCCAGAGCCCUCGCUGGCAGCCUUGAAAGACGCUCCGCUGGCCCCUGCUCGGGGAGAGCCACUGCGUGGUGCGUCGCUCCUCUUCGAGGAGUCUGUAAACACCACAAAGGGCUUGCUGGCCCCUCUGAGCUUGCUCACCCCUCAGACCGCGUCCCAAGGGCCCCAGGUCGCCACCUUACAACCAGCGGCUAAUUUGGAACCCCCUGCCACAAAGCUGAGCUCCACCACUAAACUGAUGGGUGCUACCACCAAGCAGACCCGUUCAAUGAUCCCAGACGAUAUCCCAUACGUGCCAAGGAUCCACCACCCACGGUCUCCAGCAACCCCAACGACUCCAAGAUCGUCUUCGAGAACAACCUUAUCCACCCCUAGAUCCACCGUACCUACCACAGGAACGUCGACAAACUCCCCUGCAGUCUUGUUGAGGAAACCAGCAGCUUCUCCAGCAACAGCAGCUCCACCAAUCCGUUCACAAUCUCCACCUCGUUCAGUAAGCAGCGCCAGAACUACUGCCACCACCACCACCUCCUCCUCCAUCAAGGGAGAUGGUGCUGGUCCUCGUCCAACCACCCGAGCAAGAUCCAAUUCGUCCUUCUCCAUCAAAACCUUGACGGCCGCUGCCACAAGAAAAAGAAGAAGUAGCACUUUUGGUGAGCUCACCAACAAUUCAUCAGCAGCAGAGAGUGGCUCGGCGGCACCAGUUCCCACCACAGGGCCUAGUUCCAUUGGGAGAGACAGAACGGUUCAUCCUGACCAGAGUAAUGGUACAGGAUCGGGACCUUCACCGACGAAAUCCACCCGUUCCACCACUUCAACCUUCUCCACCAACUCAAAGAAGUUUAGCUUUAAGUCGUUGUUCAAACUGAAGUCAAAGCAGCAUUCUCUACAUGAGUUACAGAGGGGAGACGUGGAAGAGCAACCGGUUGGUCGGUCGUUUAGUACUCCUAAUCUUAGUAAGUUGGCUGAGUCUAAUGGGAGGGGUAAGUUGUUUUCUCGGUUGAAGAAGGAGAGAACGAGAACUGACAGAACUGACAGAACUGACAGCGAAGCUGGAAGUUCUUCUAAAGACCAUAGAGAGACUCACAGUACAGCUGACACUUCUAAAGACAGUAGAGAGACUCACAGUGCAGCUGACGCUUCUAAAGACCAUAGAGAGACUCACAGUGCAGCUGACACUUCUAAAGACCAUAGAGAGACUCACAGUGUAACUAACACUUCCAAAGACCAUAGAGAUGGUCACAGUGUAGCCAGCACCUCUUCUACAGACAAUAGAGUUGGAAACUCCAAAUCUGGAGACAAGAAAAUUGAACAGAAUUCUUCUAAAGACUCCAAAUUUGCAGCCAAGUCUUCAGCAUCAACUGCAGCUUCAACUACACCUUCAACUAACCCCACCAAUUCAAUUCGUGAAGUAAAUGAUGAUGAUUAUUCCCUUCCAUACAUAAAACCAGACAACUUUAGAUCAAUCAGUCAAUCCUCACAAUCAAGCACAACUGCCCAACCAUUCAUCCCAUACACUCACAAGCCAAUCAAUGGGUCAUCUCCAACUCCAGCAACUCCAGCAACUCCACCAAUGGAGGCCCAACCACCAUCCAUGACCAUCACUCCAACCGAUACCGAUAAUGGGAGUGUGACAUCCUCUCCAGUUUAUAAAUCUGUAGCACCUCCAAUAACCCCAAGAUUGAUCACUUCAAGGUACCCGGGCCAACCGGCAGGUGACCUGGAAAGAUCAGCUUCUCAAUUGGCUUUCCAACAAUUGACUGGUCAGUCAAUAAAUUUGGGAUCUGGCUUGGGCUCAGGCUUAGGAUCUGGCUUGGGAUCUGGUCAAUCUUCUAUCCAAUCAACUGGCCAGCAAGCUGGCCAGGCUGGUAAUGGUAGUGGCUUUGGCUCACCAUUCCAAAUCAAUUAUUCCCCAUCAUCUCCUUCAUCACCCCUAAGAACCUCUCGAUCCUUCCAUCGAGACUCCAAAGACCAAUCCUCUCUCUCUGGAGAAGUUCUCUUCCCCAAAUCCUUAAACGCUCAAGAAGUGGAAAGCAUAGUCUCCCUUGAAAGAUCUCGAUCCAUGAGAUCCUUUAAAGACAACAAGAGGAACUCCUUUGUAAAUUAUAAUGGUAGCAAUGAAAACAUUGUCCAGGGAGACUCUUUAGUUAUUUCAGAGCCAGGCACCGUCAACCGGUCGAGUAGUAUCCUCAAGAAGAGCGAGAGUAAGAAGAGUAUCCGGGUGGCGGAAGAUGUAGAUCAACCGGUGAUCGAUGAGGUUUUGGAUGGUGUAGAUCAAUUUAGUUUUGAUGGAGGGAAUUUCGAUGAUUUGAUUGAAUUUAGUGAUUUCAUCGAUGUGGAUGAGUUGGAGUUUGAAGAUGAGCAGGAACAGGAGCAGGAUGAAAGACGGGAGCAUGGUCUUGUAGAAGAAUUAGACACUCCUAGACGUUCCUCCAGAGACUCUCCUUCCAUUGAAGACUCUCCAAUAACUUCCACACCAAAGAAUCUUCAAUUUAUGGAAGAAUCUCUGAAUGAGGGAACCAUUUGGAAAUCUCCAGAUGUUUCUAAACAAUCAAAUUCUUUAGAACCAAGAGAUCACCAAGCUUCUUCUUCAGAACUUUCUGGACCCUCCAAUGGUCUUCCUUCCCGGGACUCUGAUGGACCAGUGUCACCAAUUCUUGACGCUGCAUUCAAAUCCGCACAACCAUCACGUUCUCGUCCAAUCAGUAUGUCGUUCCGGGGGCUCAAUGGACCUUCUUUCCAGGGGAAACUUGCCCUUCAAGACCUCCGUAGUAGCUCCUCACACCAAUCUUUCAACAUCUCCUUUGGUGAAAGUGAUACCAACACCGAUAUCGCUAGUCCACUCCAUGGAGAGCUUCUCACCGACUCCUCUGAAGGUGAGAUCGGGAAUGGAUUUGGAAGUGACGAAGAAUUCGAAGAUGACUACUCGAUCGAGAUCACCGACGUUCAAAAAGUCCACAACAUCAAGCCAGCCCUUGAUUCCACAUUCAAACCACCACAAACCCUCUCGAGCAACGACAGUUCAUCUCCAAGAUCGCUCACGUCUCUCAUACUGAGACCCUGGAAAAAGCAGCCCCUGAGCACCAAACCCCUGCCCACUCCACCGGUGGUGGUCAUCCAACCAUCGGAGCCACUUGGCGUUCGUUUCUCCUCGCGGAUCGUCUUGUACGACACAUACAACGGAGACGAGUACGACAGACACCCGGACACGGCCACAUGUAACCAGCUCACACCCAUGCUUGCACAACAGAUCAAGGACGAGUUGAACUCUUUCAAGCUGGAAAUGGAGAUCCACCUGUUGCUGAGAUGUAACACGCAUUUCUUUUAG